AUUUGUUAACAAAUUGUAGGACAUGACAAUCAUUUAGCCAUUAAUAAUUUUAUAUAAAAUUGCGAAUAAAAUAGGAAUUUCCAACAAUUCAAAGGGCAAUAAAGAAAAUUUAAGCAAGCUUAGAAAUACAAGAUCUUAGAAAUAGUUCUCCCUCAAGUAACAAAUAUGAAUCCAGCCUGCAGACUGAACCUGGAGAGCAGGGAGUGCCAGGAGUGGAUGAACGAGGUGUGUGCCCACUGUGCCCAUUUGCUGCCCAGCGCGGAGGAGGCGGAUCUGUGGGACAAAUGGUGGGCGGAUGACCUUCCCGCCCCCUUUAAGUCCCGCGUUGGUCUGAUGUCCGCCUACGAUUGCCACAGGCUGCGAAAGGAGGUGGCCCGCCAGGUGGAAGCCCACGGGAAGGAGGAGUGGCACGAGAGCGGAAGGAGGUCGGUCAUGUGGAGCAUUUGCCGGCUAAUCCUUGUGAUCCUGGUGAUGAUAUCCGCAGUGAUCGCCAUUAUUUUUGCCCUGCGAAUGCUUUACGAUGGCAUUAGGCGUUGGUAUCCACCAGUGAAAUGUGUUACCAAGAAGAAGCCCAAAACACCACCUCCAUCCUCAACGACCGAUGUGGAGACCCCGCCACCAAAGGAUCGCUGCAAGCCACUCAAGCAGCCCAAGGCCUUUAUAUCCUUUGGUCGGAGCUCCGAUCCGCGUACUCGUUUCGGUCCCUACAAUCACCAGAAGUUGCUCAAGACCGCCGCUUCCUUGCGGGAUUGCCAGCCAUCGGAGCCCAAUCCUGCAAAGAAAAAGCCAACAUCGCAAACAUCCAAGAAAAGCGACCAGCACGUCGAACAGCAAUCGGGGAAAAACAAAUCGGCCACAAAAUAACCGUCGAGGGAGCUUUGCCCCGAAAAAAAAAAAAAAAAAUCGAAAACAAAUUCGAAGGCUGUCGGAGCUGUGCUCAAUCGCGGAUAAGAUUUAUGAAAUGUGUUCCGCCCCGAUUUGUUCUCUUUUUCCUGCUUCGCUUCUAGUCCUUUUCGAUUUCCUUUUUUUUUCGUAGCCGUGCAGCUGCGAAA